UCCCGAAGGCCUGGCAGACGCCUUUCCCUUCUCCGCCCCCAUCCGGCAGAACAUUAUCUAUUCGUAGGGGAGCGUGUAUGUAAACGUGGCUGUGACAUACAUGUGUCAUGUAGCAUGCCUAAAAUUGUCCGGAAAAUAAAUAAAAAAGAUCACUACGUUAUUCAUUCAAAAUCAUUCAAAUCUCCCGCCUCGCGCCUUUCCUUCGGGCUGAAAGGAACUCUCCAUUUCCCUAGUAAAUCCCGCCCGUGCGAUCCCAGCCCAACCAAAGCGCAGUACCCAAACCAGAGCUAUUUCAUUCCUGUUUUUACUUUUUGUCACGAUGACUACGAUUAAGAAAGUCGCCGUAGUAGGGGCGACCGGGAAGAUCGGCCGCCCAAUCGUUGAGCGACUUUUGACUUCGAAACUCUUCGACGUGACUGUUCUCACGCGUGACGAUAGUCGACGACGUGAUUUCCCCGCAGGCGUCGCAGUCAAGAAGGUGGAUUACGAUUCUAUUGAGUCCCUCCGCACCGCGCUCGAAGGCCAGGAUGCGCUAGUUUCGGCCAUGGCGUUCGAGGCCAUUGACGAGCAGAAGAACCUCGUCGAUGCGGCGGUUAGCGCCGGCGUCAAGAGAAUGAUCCCUUCAGAGUACGGGAAUGACCUCAUGAAUCCCAAGCUAGCUGCUUUCCCCAUCUAUCAACCCAAGAUAGCCAUCAGGCAGCAGUGUGAGCAGAGAGUUACCGAGAACCCCUCAUUCUCGUGGACUACGAUUCAUAACGCUUCCUUCCUCGGUCCAGACUGGACCCUGGACUUUAUCGUGGACGUGAAGAAUCGCACGGCGGAUAUCAAAGAUGGCGGUGACGUACUCUUCUGCGCUACGACUUACGACGACAUCGCCCAAGCCGUGAUCGGCAUCCUGACCCACCUAGAAGAAACGGCUAACCGACCGGUGAGGAUAUCGAGCGUCAACACGACUCAGAACGAACUGAUCGCAAUAGCCAAGGAGCUGGGCGCGACUGACGGCUGGAACCUGACGUAUUCCGAAACGGAGAACUUGGAGAGUGAGGCUUUCAGACGUUGGGCGGAGGGUGACCAUAGCGAGGAGACGAUCGCCAUGUUCAUUAACCGAGCUUUCAUCGGUAAAGGUUGGGGCGGGUAUUUCCCCGUGCGCGACAACGAGCUGCUGGGGAUCAAGGACAUGGAAAGGGAUGAGCUGAAGGCAAUUAUCAAAGCGGCCAUUGACCGGUGAUUCCGACCCUUGAAACAAAAAGGAAGAAUGGUCUAGACUGGUUUAGAUAAUAUGGAUUGAUGUUAAAAUCAGUACCGAUGUUUUAAGAAUCCCUUCCCAGCACCACGGCACCGGGUCAUCUCCCCCGUAGUUCAUUGGUUUAUAUAUAACACGUUGAAUGCCAUCGGUUUGCUCUGAUAACCCGACUCUUGUAAAUACACUGUCAUAGCAGACGACUCCCUCAAUACCUAUACCUACUUACUCGGACAAAAAAUGAAACCCUGGGUGCCUGCUCAUUGGAGCGCCUUUUGCUCUCU